UAAUGCUUAUAAAUUGGAUAGUCUGAAUAAUGAGCUAGAGCAUAGAAGUUUUACCCAUUAUUCAAAACGAGAAGAAAAAUUUACAGGAAAAAGAUUCGGUGAUAAUCCAAAUAAUAAUCCAAACUGUGGUAGAAAGAUUAAAGUGACUAGAGAUUCAAAAUCAGUCAUAGUCACAGUUGUGGAUCGAUCAGCGUUAAAUCAACUUGCUGAUCCUUUGGAGGGACGCGUGGAACGCACUUGGGAGUUCUUGUCAUAA